AUGACUUGCCCAGCGUCGACCGCCACCAGUCGCUAUGGCCGCGAUCCCAACAACCACCCUGACCAAAAAGAAUUAUCCAACAUCAUCAGCAACCUAGAUUGCGGCUCUGACGGCAACGCUCCCUUUGUUCUCGGCACAGACGGUGUCCUCCGUACUCUGACACCAGACUGUGACGUGAUAGACGCCAUUGGCCUUCCACCUCAACUGAUCAAAGCUUUUCUCGAUCGGACUACAUUUGACCAGGAAACAGAAGACAUGUUUCGCGGAGCAGAUGGAACGAAAGUGCCUCGCGAGCAGUGGUGGAAGCCAGAUCCAUCGUUAUUACCGCCACCGAUGACCCCGCAGGAUAAAGCACACGUCGAGAAGCAUAAUGAGGAGAACAAGAAAAUCAUUCAGGAGAAUAUUAGGAAGAUGGAAAGUGGUGAACUGGAACCAUGCGGCGUUGUUAUUCGGUCGGAUUACGAUAUCAGUCCAGGGUAG